GCAAGCUGGAUGACGAACCCUGCACGCUGUGUUUUCAUUGCUGCUGCAUCCUUUCUGUAUUUCACAGAAAUUCUUUAUUGUUACUGUGGCUCCAAUUCUGGGACCCGAAACAAAUUGUUGGGGCUCAUCCCUGAUCUCUCUCCAUCUGAAUCAUCGGGGGGAGCAGAUCCAGAACUACCAGAACCACGAGGCCAAGAUGAAGCGGCGUGACUGCAGCGGCAGGAACGACAGCUGGUUGCUGAUCACGAGGGGAGAUCGGAGCCAGUGGAGGGUCCUCAUUCUUCCAAGGGAACUGCACUGCUGUUUUAUCAGACCAACGCACGUCGUGUUGAUAGCACGCAAAGAGCUCACAUGAAACAUCAAACAGAACUUGUACAAGCUCACAGGUGCUGAAGUCUACCGGCUUGCUAGGGACAUCGCAACUGACGGACAUGGUGCAGAAGAUUUGGAGUCUACUGAUGAAGAAGGUUGUGUUGUGACUAUAUCAUAAGCUAUAUGCAGUCUGAUACCUUACUUAGAUCUGAGGAUUGAGGUAUGGGUCAACUGUUAAUGCAGAAUGAUGUAGUAAAUGGUAUCAUUCAACCUAUUCAAACUUGAUACAGCUAUCAUCACAAAUGGGAUAACACAGGAACAUGAGACAUUCACAGCCAUGCCAGCCAAGAUAGCUGAUCACACUACACUCAAACAUGAUAACGAUGACACGUCAAAUACCAAACACAUGACUAGUCUUCCAACAACAGCCAUCACAGUUCAUCCAACACCACAGCACACAAACCUUAGUAUAGACACUACCACACGAAGUGUAGUUGAGCUCCAAGUAAUACACGAAGAGCUAGGCAAGAAGCAGCACACUACAAAGACAUGGCUAGCACAGCACACACCACAGCCUAGGUGAGUCUGCACCACCUCAGCCUCCACAUCUAAGAAAAGUUGACGCAAAGAAAAUGGUUUCCUUAAAAGACCUUCGUCUCCUCCAGCGUAUGGAAUUUAAGGUGUAUGUGGUCAGUCCAGACAAAAAGCAACCCAUACACAUAGUGUUUGGGUGGAUGGUGGUGACCAAGCUGCAAACCUGAAAGAACAUCAGACAAUUGAACAACCCAGCGCUCAAGUAGAGACUUUGACAAACGUGGUUGCUGCUUUAAUGGGCCACCAAACAGCAGUGAUACAAGCAGCCCACUCAAGGGUUCCACCUGUCCAAACACCAGGCCAGCCACCGUCACACCCCUCUGCAACGCCUAUUCCUAACCGAGUGCCUCCUCCCACACCGGGCCCGCCCUCUCUCACAAGGACAGGUAAAGUACCAAGUUGUACUAACUGUUUGAACCAGGGCUCAGAGAACUGUAACCAUUGUUUUGUGUGUGGUGAACCAGGACAUCGAGCAGUUGGCUGUCUAAAGAGAGCCAGGCAGCAGGUAAACGGGAUUCGGUCUCUGCUGAGGGCGUUCCACAGUUCCAGUCCCACCCACCUCCCUCAGCUGCUAGUAGGGGCUAAUGUCCUCCAAGCAAUGAUUGAUGGACAAGAAUCCUUGGCUGAUGCACAGGGUCUGGUUACUAGGUUACUCCUACGUAAAGCACUUGGCGUGAAAGAAGAACAAGCAGAAGCUAUGGUUAACUACAUUCAGAUCCAAAAGAAACCGAACUACAGCAUGUCCACAAUCAGAGUGGGUAAAGAGGAUAUGAGCAUACCAGCGGGAAAAACGAUGCAUGUGCAGUGCAGAGUACCACCAAUGUUUGACAUGUCCGAUCCUGUUGUCCUGUAUGAACCCUCAGAGGAGAAUAUGACCUUACAACAGCUGAGUGUCGGAGAGGGUAUCUUGGAAACCAGUAGCAGGUGGCCUCUUAUCACUAUGCCCAUUUCCAACCACACUAAACAGAACACCAUCCUCCCAAAGAGAACCGCCUUGGGCUCCAUCCAGCACACAGCCAAAGUCAUUGAGAUGGGAAAGACAGAGACACAAUGGGUUGAGACAUCCCAGCUUACCACGGUCAGGGCUGAUGUUAACAAUGUCACCACUCCUAGCACCACCCCAACUGAGUCAAGGCUCAGUUUGGGUGGUGCUUUGAUGAAGAGUCUGCAGUGUUUGCUUGUGACAGCAGCGACAAUGGGUGUAUCCCUUCCCUCCAGAUGUCAGUUAGGCUCAAGGAUGACAUCCCCGUUCAGAAAGCUUAUGCUUCUAUUCCCAAGCCGUUGUACAGGGAAGUAAAAGAGUACAUCUAGGUGUUGUUAGUCAAAGGAUGGAUUGUGAAGUCUCAGUCACCAUAUGCUGCACCUAUUGUUUGUGUGAGAAAAAAAAAGAUGGGUCAUUGCGUCAGUGCCUUACAAACAUCCACUUACCCACAUACAGGACUUGAUUGACUCUCUUGGGGGCUACAGCUGGUUUUGCAUCUUAGACCAGGGAAAAGCCUAUCACCAAGGCUUUAUUGCUGAGGGUUCCAGGCACCUGACUGCCUUCACUACCCCUUUGGGUUUAUAUGAAUGGGUCUGGAUGCCCUUCGGAUUGUCAAACGCACCAGCAGCCUUCCAGAGAAGCAUGGAGGAAGUCUUACAUCAAGUUCACUUCUUGAACUUGUCUGUAUUGACUUCUUCCACCUUGAGACCAGCCGUGGUGGUUAUGAGUAGUCAACCACUUCACCAGGUUUGCCUAAGCAUACCCCACCAGAAACAAGGCUGGCAAAACUGCUGCUGACAAGAUUUUUGAUGACUUUGUCCCUCGGUUCGGAUACCCAGCCAAACUCCACCACGAUCAGGGCAGAGAGUUUGAAAAUGAACUUUUCGGAGCUCUCCGACAGUACUCCUGCAUGUACUCCAGGACCUCCCCUUACCAUCCACAAGGCAAUCCUGCGGAAAGGUUCAAUUGAACCCUGUUACAGAUGCUUUGGUAACUUGGUGAGAGAGUACUGGAAGGAUCAUUCGCCUCAUGACAUUCAUGCGUACAAUUGCACCAAGCACGUCAACAGGCUACUCCCCAUAUCAUCUGUUAUAUGGUCGCCAUCCACAUCUCCCUGUUGAUCCCCCCUUUUUGGGUUGAUAGUAGAGGAAGAAACAAACACAGCAAGAGGAUACACAGAAAAAUGGGCAGAGAAAAUGAUUGAGGCAUAUAAGAUUGCAAGCACCAACAGUCAACAGUAGAGUGCCAAAGGUAAACAUUAUUAUGACAGAAGGAACAGAGGUGCGACUCUUCAGGCAGGAGACAGGGUCCUUGUUCAUAAUGUUUCUGAAAGAGGAGGCCCAUGCAAACUAAAGCCCUACUGGGAAAAGAUUAUCUAAAUUGUCAGAGACCAGCUUGUGGACAACCCAGUCUAUAAGGUGAGCCCUGAGGCUGGGAACCGUCCCGUCCACACUCCAAGUAAAUGACUUAUCUGUCGAGCCACCAACCACGAACAUACCUGCAAAGUCACAAAAGGGAAAUGGAAGAUCAACAAGUCCAUUGAACACACUUGAACAGACACAGAACCAUGACACAAGUGAAUCAGAUGAGGAAGAGGAAUGACCAAGGUAUUGGCUGCAGAUACCCAGAAAAGAGUUGAAAAUGUCAUACCUCAGCAGAGGGUUACCUUUGAGACACAAAACCACCCUGAGCAGGUAGACACCUACUUAAGAGUAACUGACCCUGAAUUCUGAAUUUGAAAGAGAAAGUGUCAAUGAGGAGGAACAAGAAGGACAAAAUGAGUGAGAACUACGUGUUGAGGAACCCCAGAUUUACGUUGAACAUAAACUGUCUCAGACUAAUGACCAAGAAAUAGAGGGCCAGGGGAUUAUACCAUAUACCUGCCAUUCACCUACCCCAUUCACUGUUAUUGAAGGGUUUAUGAACAUUGGACAUUUAUAUGUGGUUACCUAGUAAUAAGCUGUCAGAUUUUGGAUAUACCACAGGUUUAUGUGUGAAGUGUUUUGUAUGUUAAUAAGAGUUUACAUUGUUAUUGGAAAAGAAGAGGAUACAUUUUGAGUUUUAUUCCUAAUUGCAAGUGUCAGGAGCCACUUUUGUUUGUAGAGGAGUGUGUGGUACACCUCAAAACUCUGACCACUUUUGCAUUUUUUUAUUUAAUUAGCUGGACAGUAAUUUUCUGUUAUUUACAAAGCCUAAUAUUAUUUGAUGGAAUGUACAUGACAACCACAGUAUUUUAUUUUUCAUACAUAAUGUAGAGAAAAGGACUAAAUGUAAGCAGCACCUAGGUGGAACUUUGGUUGCAGAAGCGGCUCACCCCGGUUUGUCAUGUGGGGGGGGGGGGCUUCCGUUCCCAAUCCAGAUGCAAUCUGGAUGACAAACUUUGCACGCUGUGUCUUCAUUGCUGCUACAUCCUUUCUGUAGUUCAUAGGUCAGUAGCUGGUGUAUGUUACCAAUUUCAACUUCAUAAAAUGUAACUCCAUGUUACUCAGAUGUUUUGAGAUUGUUUUAAGUAUUUCUGUCUGUCUUCGAAAACUAUAAAAUACAGCUGAUGUGUGAGGUUGGCAGGUGCACAGGCCGCAGAGCGAGCACUCACAGCGUGUUGGUUUAAUGGGUUUAUAUUUUACCUGUGUACUGUCUUGCAGGCAGGCUGCUACACAUUUUAUUUAUUUAAUCAACAUUUUAUUUUGGGCUUUGAUACACAGUAGGAACUGUUUUAAAGUAAAGUAGUUGAUAAUAAUUCCUAUAAUUAGAGUUCAUUGUCAUACAGUAAUAAAUGUUUAUGAGAAAUGUAAA